AUGGUUGUUGACUCGCCAAAGAUCACGAUGGUAUCAGGUUUUAAGCGCAAAGCCUCAGAGGAGGCAGCUUCCCCGGACUCUGGGUUGCAGACUAUUAAGAAGGCGCGCACAGAUUCCCCCGUGAAAGAGUACCCCGCACAGGAAGAUGGGCUCCUCAAAAAACCACCGCUCCGCAUUGUUCCAUUCCCUGAGAAGCCUGCUGUUCUUGAGGAACGCCGAGGCGACAUCGAGUUUCGUGUCGUCAAUAAUGAUGGUUCACACGAUAGCUUUAUUGUCCUCACAGGCUUGAAGUGUAUUUUCCAGAAGCAACUUCCGAAGAUGCCUAAGGACUACAUCGCGCGCCUUGUCUACGAUCGAUCCCAUCUCUCUAUGGCUAUCGUAAAACACCCACUGGAAGUUGUUGGAGGAAUUACGUAUCGUCCGUUCAACUCUCGAAAGUUUGCUGAGAUUGUCUUCUGCGCUAUUUCUUCAGAUCAACAAGUGAAAGGAUACGGCGCACACUUGAUGUCCCAUCUUAAGGACUACGUGAAAGCCACCUCUCCCAUUAUGCACUUCCUUACCUACGCCGACAAUUAUGCCAUUGGAUACUUCAAGAAGCAGGGCUUCACCAAAGAGAUCACACUUGACAAAUCAAUCUGGAUGGGCUACAUUAAGGAUUAUGAGGGCGGUACACUCAUGCAGUGUACCAUGCUCCCCAAGAUCCGCUAUCUGGAGAUGGGUCGCAUGCUCACCAAGCAGAAGGAGUCAGUGCAGGCUAAGAUCCGUGCCUUCAGCCGGUCGCAUAUCAUCCACCCCCCUCCAAAGGAAUGGAAGAACGGGGUAUACGCGAUCGAUCCUCUUAGCAUUCCUGCAAUCAAAGAGUCCGGAUGGUCGCCAGAUAUGGAUGAAAUGGCUCGUCAACCACGCCACGGACCCAACUAUAACCAAUUGCUGCACCUGUUGAACGAUAUGCAGAACCACAGCGCAGCCUGGCCAUUCACUCAACCUGUGAAUCGCGACGAGGUUCCAGACUACUACGAGGUAAUCAUGGAGCCCAUGGAUCUGUCGACCAUGGAAGAGAAGCAUGAGAAGGACUUGUAUCCGACCCCACAGGAUUUCAUCAAGGACGCCAUGUUGAUCUUUGACAAUUGCCGACGCUACAAUAAUGAGACCACACCCUACGCCAAGAGCGCCAACAAGCUUGAGAAGUUCAUGUGGCAGCAGAUCCGAAAUAUUCCGGAGUGGUCGCACCUUGCCGAUAACCAUUGA